CAUGCUUGAUCCGUAUGGCAUUUGGAGCAACUCCAGUAAAUAAUGGUAAAUACGUGGUAAAUAUGGAUGCACGUGAUGCACGAGAAGCGGGGUGAGAAUUUAAAAGAAAUUUUUGAUCAGUGUGGGCUGUGACGUUUGUAAACGUCAUUGGCAUGAACUGUCACUUAAUUUGUUUCGGUCUGCGUUUUUGAAAAAGAUCCGGAUGGCGCAAAAAGUAAUCCGGAAUUUAGCAAGGACUGGAGCCGGGAGCUGAGAAAUUCGGUGCUGUGUGCAAACGAACCCCCCAAGCAAGACUAAAGGCUAUACAUUUUUUUUCCUUCGAAACAUGGAAUAGAAAGCCACGCAUCCCGCCGCAAACUUUUAACUUUGACACUUGCUCAAGUGAAGUAUUUAAUCAAGAAUGACCGAGAUCUUGACCGAGAUGCAGCCUUGCGGCCAGUUGGUUGGCCAUUCCGGCUGUCUCACUCAGAUCGCGAACGACUCCAAGUACACGGACAUUGUCCUGUCCUUUUCGAACGACAUUUCCCAGGUCUUGUGGAAGCUAACCCGGGACGACGCCAACUACGACAUCCCGCAGAAGCGUCUGACUUUAGACGGCAACAACGCCAUGUCCGAUUCCUGGGACAAGACCUUCCGGCUGUGGGGGUUGGCCGCUGUCGGGUCGACCGCAGCUCCGGAAAAAUGCUAAAGAGGCAAGGUUGUCAUAUUUAUUUGUAGGAUGUUCAUAUUUAACAAUACAAAAAAUAAAGCUUAAACCACAAAAACUAAUAAAAUCCAAGGCGACUUCAAUGUUCGUCUCUCGUCGAAAUCCAAGAUAAGGAGUGAGGAGACCAAAUAAGGUCAAAUAAGUUUAAAACAUGCAUAUGCAACAGCUAGAUGCGUCUGCAGCGUAGACGCGUGCAGGAAGUAAUCGCCGGCGCCUUUUCCUUGGCCAGUUCGAACGCGUCCCGGACGAGCUUGGCACCGUCUCCGGUGGACAUCUGCACCAGCUGUGGCCCGGCCAGCUUCAGGAAGGUCGACUUUGUUUACGUCACACACGUACGAGUCAACAGCGUGCAGCACUCCCUUCGGCGGAUGAAUUCCCAGGUUCUUGAACUUGUUCUUGCGCGGCAUCGACAGCACGACGGUCCAGCCUGCCAAUGU